GCAGGGUUUUGUCUUAAUACUGGUGGGGAAAUUAUCAAGUCUGCUUGUAUCGAAGGGUUGUGGUAGGUAGGACCCGAGACUUGGGGAGAAAAGUCUCUGGGUCUGGGAAGCCACCUCCCCAUCGCUCGCCUUGUGCACAUAACAAAGAAAGAGCGCAGGGUCACAUUUUUUUGGAGAGAAAAGAAAAAAGCUGCUUUAGGUCUGGAUUGCCUACUAGCCAAGUUUCGUGGAAGUUUGCAGAGUGGAGCUGCACAGUUCUUCAGUUCUAAUUCCUCUGGUUCUUUUCUGCUCUUGCAUUUCUACCCCCACAAUCUGAUUUGGUCCAUCCUUCCCUCUUUUUUCUGUUUUCCUCGCUAUUUUUCUUUUCCUCUUGAACCAUGUGUGAUAACAUGGACCAUGAGGACAAGCCACCUGCCCCACCUGUGAGGAUGAGUAGCACAAUCUUCAGUGGUGACGGGAAAGACUACACGCUGCUGGCCAAUCACAGCUCCAAGCCCUUACCUUCCGUACCUGAAGAGAGGAAACCUCGCAGCAAAAUCAUCUCCAUCUUCUCUGGGGCAGAGAAAGGUGGAAGACGGAAAGACAGGGACAGGGAACGGCCGGAAAUCUCUUCUCCCUCAGGUUUUGAGCACACCAUCCAUGUGGGCUUUGAUGCUGUGACUGGGGAGUUUACGGGGAUGCCAGAACAGUGGGCACGAUUACUGCAGACAUCCAACAUCACCAAGUCUGAACAGAAGAAAAACCCCCAAGCUGUUCUAGAUGUCCUCAAGUUCUAUGACUCCACAGGAAACACAGGCAGACAGAAGUACCUCAGCUUCUCUUCAGAAAAGGAUGGAUUUCCUUCAGCUGAUCAUUCGCCUGUUAAAAAGAGCACAGAACAGCCCUCACCAAACAUCAAGAAUGUUGACGAUGAUGACGAUGACGAGGGGACACCUCCACCUGUUGUUGCACCACGGCCAGAGCACACCAAGGGGGCAAACACUCGGUCAGUUAUAGAUCCCAUCCCUGCACCAGUCUCUCCAGAUGGGGAUGUUGCAUCCAAAGCUGCAGACAAACAAAGACCCAAAAAGGGCAAGAUGUCUGAUGAGGAGAUCAUGGACAGAUUGAGAACCAUAGUCAGUAUUGGAGAUCCUAAAAAGAAGUACACACGAUACGAGAAGAUUGGACAAGGAGCUUCAGGAACAGUGUUCACAGCCAUCGACGUUUCUACUGGGCAAGAGGUGGCCAUCAAGCAGAUCAACCUGCAAAAGCAACCCAAGAAGGAGCUAAUUAUAAAUGAAAUUCAGGUUAUGAAGGAACUGAAGAACCCGAACAUUGUGAACUUCUUAGACAGUUUUCUAGUAGGAGAAGAGCUCUUUGUAGUGAUGGAGUACCUUGCUGGUGGCUCACUGACUGACGUGGUGACCGAGACGUGUAUGGACGAAGCUCAGAUCGCUGCCGUUUGCAGAGAGUGUUUACAAGCACUAGAAUUCCUUCACGCCAACCAGGUCAUUCAUCGAGACAUCAAGAGUGACAACGUUCUGCUGGGAAUGGACGGCUCUGUUAAACUUACGGAUUUUGGUUUCUGUGCUCAGAUCACGCCAGAGCAAAGCAAGAGGAGCACGAUGGUGGGCACACCGUACUGGAUGGCCCCUGAGGUUGUUACCCGCAAAGCUUAUGGUCCCAAAGUGGACAUCUGGUCUCUUGGCAUCAUGGCUAUUGAGAUGGUGGAAGGGGAGCCUCCAUAUCUUAAUGAGAAUCCACUGAGGGCACUUUACCUCAUUGCAACUAAUGGAACGCCAGAGUUGCAGAGUCCAGAAAAACUGUCCCCUGUCUUUCGGGAUUUCUUAGCUCACUGUCUGGAAAUGGAUGUAGAAAAGAGGCGCAGCAGUAAAGAACUUUUACAGCAUCCUUUCCUGAAGUUGGCGAAGCCUCUGUCCAGUCUCACGCCACUCAUUCUGGCUGCCAAGGACGCCAUGAAGAACAACCGCUAAAAUCCUCCCUGAAAGAGCCAUGCUUCUAAACCUGACAUGUUGAACAGUCUCUGACACCUGUGCCACCUGGCCAAAACAACAUUUCUACAAACAUUUCAACAGUGUUUUAAACUGGUGGGACUCCUAUUGGGUGGGAGGGAAGAUGGGCCGGCAUCGUAAAUGUCUUGUCUCCCCAUCAAUGUUAUGGUAGUCUUUUUUUCCAUACUGUUUUUUUUUUUUGGUGCACAGUAUUUCAUCAGUUUUUUCUGUCAUUUCUGCUCUUGUGAUUUUUAUGUGCAGAAUAUUUGUCCUUAUGAGGAGAAGUAUUUAACGAGUCCUUGAUGUUUUGUUAAUUUCAUUUUUAUAGAAUGAGUAUGGAGCUAAUGAAAAAAAAUGCCCAAUUGUUUUCUAAUUUUCCUUAGAGUAAAAUCAGCUUUAUCGGAAGGUGA